UCGCGGUGCAAGCGGGAUGCUUGCCUUCGAACCGGGGCGAACAAUAUCGCGUCGCGUGAUCGGCGUGUGUGCCACGCACCAGUAGCUCGCGGAUCGGUAAACGAAAUACACGUGUCGGCGGGAUUCCGACGGGAACAACCGUGCAGUACCGUACCGUACGCGCGAGAGAAGAUCGACCACUUGUUGAGGAAGGGUUCUCUCUCUCUCUCUUACUCUCUCUCUCUCUCCGAUUAUUCGCGCGCCGCGGAGAACUUUCAUGAAAAAUGAAGGAUCUCGCGGAGGAACGGUGACGAACGGCGAGCUGGAAGCUUAAUCGGUUACUCCGUUGUUCCGUCGAGCGCGAAUGAUACUUUACAAUCCUCGAAGAGGGAUGGGGCCGAAGAUGAAUCGGUGGAUCGUCGCUUUUGGGCUGCUCCUGGUGCUGAUGCUGCUCGCGGACGCGUCGACGGCGAGCAACAGCACGUGGGAGAAGGCGAGGGAGAAGAAAGCUAAGAUAGUGAAGAAGCUGAAGAAGGACUUCCGGAAGCUGAAGAAGCAGGACGGCGCGGUGAAGCUCGUGGGAGGGGAGAGCAGCCACGAAGGAAACGUGGAAAUACUUCACGACGGGAAAUGGGGCAGCGUGUGCGACGACGAAUGGGAUUACUUGGAGGCCAAUGUGGUUUGCAGGCAAUUAGGCUUCGACGGUGCAAUUAAACCGACGGCGAACGGUCACUUCGGCCAGGCCAGAAGAAGAUAUUGGAUGGACAACGUGUACUGCGACGGGAGCGAGGACGAGCUCUCUAAAUGCCGGUUCGACGGAUGGGCCAUUUCCGACUGCGAGAGCAGCGAGGCGGCCGGUGUAAUUUGCGCCCGCGGAGGCCAGGACGAGGUGGGGGAGACCACGGCCAAGAAGAAGCCCAAAAGGAAGCCGGAGAAGUCGAGAAUCAAGGAUAUCCAUCAGCAGGGAGUGGCGAUAAGGCUGGCCGGCGGACGCGUGCACACCGAAGGCAGAGUCGAGGUCAAACUAGGAAACGCAGAUUGGGGUGUUGUCUGCGGUGACGGCUGGUCUCUGUUCGAGGCGGCGGUGGUUUGCCGGCAAUUGGGCCUCGGUUACGCCUCCGACGCCGUUCAGACAAACUUUUUCGGCGGCGGAGCGAUCCCGAUGGCCAUCGCCGGGGUGCAGUGCCACGGCGACGAGAACAGUCUGAUCGAGUGUCUCCACGACAAGGUUGUAGACUGUCCAGGAAUCGCAGAAAACGUGGCGAGCGUGGUCUGUCACCGGGACAUGCCGGACUUGGUGUUCGAUCAUCUCGAACUGAUGCGGACCGCUCAUUUAGAGGACAGGCAAUUGUAUUGGCUGCAGUGCGCGAUGGAGGAGAACUGCGUCGCGUCACCGGCGUACAGGAUACAAAGGGAGUCGGAAAACUGGCAUCUGGAAACAAGGAGGCUGCUCCGGUUCACCGCGAGGAUACUGAACGCCGGGACCGCGGACUUCCGGCCCUCUGUCCCCAAACACCUUUGGGAAUGGCAUAUGUGUCACAUGCAUUACCACUCGAUGGAGGUGUUCGCGACGUUCGACGUGUUCGACGGGAACGGCACCAGGCUCGCCGAGGGGCACAAAGCGUCUUUCUGCCUGGAGGACAAUCAAUGCAUGCCGGGCGUGGAGCCGAGGUACAAAUGCGCCAAUUACGGUGACCAAGGAAUUUCAGUGAACUGCAGCGACGUGUACAAGCACAAUAUCGAUUGCCAGUGGGUGGACAUAUCGGAGCUGCCGCCCGGACAGUACACGUUUAAGGUCGCGGUGAAUCCGGAGUUCAAAGUGGGCGAAAUGUCGUUCGACAAUAACGCGGCGAUUUGUCGUCUCCUCUACACGGGAACGUUCGCCACUGUGCACGGUUGCGUCAUGGGCCGGCCUUGACACGGGGGCCGUUACGCGAUGAUAACGUCGCGAUUGCGAUUGACCACCGGGGAAAAGAAUAAACGAGAAGACGGAAUCCGGACCCCGGCGCGAUCGCGCGCGUCAUCGGCGUUGUUCAGCGGGACCUAUUCUUGUACGCGCGGACAAUAAAUCUUGCUUCCAGUGAACGCGGCAACCUUCCCGCCUUUUCCUUUCGCACCCGCCAUUUUGGGGAACCACGAAAUCGAAGCGCCACGAGUCUCUUCGUUUGCACUUUUAACCCUUCGCACUCGAAUGGUGACUCUCAGUCACCACUUGAUUCGACGCGGUAAAACUAUAAAAUUUGAUAUUUAAUGUCGAACUGUGUAUAAUGCAUCGUUGCGUGGAAUAUUAGGACAAAAGCUUUGUUUCUCAAUUCACUUGUGAUUUCUCUUUGAGUUCAGUUAAAAGAACAUCGUCUUUGUCUAGUUAGAAAAUGUUCCGAGUGCAAAGGGUUAACACGUUGAUUACCACGGUGGUCACCGGA